AUGACUCGAUUUGUGGGGUGUAUCGAUUUGCACAACGGUCAAGUUAAACAAAUUGUGGGUGGGACGCUUAACGAGCAACAAAAUGACCUUUUGAAAACCAAUUUUGUAUGCCAACACAGCUCAUCUUACUACUCUCAAAUGUAUGCCAAAAACCAAGUGAGUGGGUGCCAUGUCAUUAAAUUAGGCCCCAACAAUGAUGAGGCGGCUCUGGAAGCUCUGAAAGCUUGUCCCAAUUUUUUGCAAGUUGGCGGUGGCAUCAAUUUUGACAACUGUCUGCAGUGGCUGGAAACCGCUAACAAAGUUAUCGUAACAAGCUGGCUUUUCGACUCCGAGGGCCAGUUUUUACUCACAAACCUCCAAAAAAUUUCAAAACGCUGUGGCAAAGACAGAUUGGUGAUAGACCUGAGUUGCAGAAAGGUCGAGACGAGCGGCGAGCCUCAAUGGGUUGUGGCGAUGAACAAAUGGCAAAAGCUCACAAACGUGGUUUUGAGUAAGGAGACUUUCACCUCGAUGAGUGAGUAUGCAGACGAGUUUUUGAUCCACGCAGCAGACGUGGAGGGCCUUUGCCGUGGCGUGGAUGAACUUUUGGUCGCCAAGCUCUACGAAUGGACUGAACAUCUACCGCAUUUGAAAAUAGUAUAUGCUGGCGGCGCUAAGAGUAUAGAAGAUUUGGCCCUCGUAGACAAAUUGAGCCAUGGGAAAGUUGAUCUGACCUACGGUAGCGCCCUGGACAUUUUCGGAGGAAAUCUUGUGACUUUCGAAGACUGUUGCAAGUGGAACAAAAACAGCGACAAAUAG